AUGGACAGCGACCCCAUUAUCUAUGGCGAUGCGCCAGAAUACGAUCACGAUGACCAACCUCGGCCCAAACGCCCCCGUCUCUCAUCCGAAGGUCCAGACGACGGAGCAGCAACUUGUUCAUCAAACAACAACAAUUGUAAACCCUUUGACCCAAAUUCAGAAACCAAUACAAUACCAGGGCUAUUCCUAGCUACCGAUUGCCAGGUAGUACCCGGUAUAGGGCUCAGUCCUAAGAAUAAUGCACCGGACCAACAGGCAUUAAAUCCACCACCACCAACAGCUGCUUCCAUCACCGAAGAGAACCCAGAACUCGAUGGCGGUAACGAGGGAACAUCUAGCCUACCUCUCGUCAACGAUGAAGAGGACAAUGAAAAGAAGUCUAAAGUUGAAGAUGAACUCAUUAUCUACGGCAAUGACAAGACAGCAGACCUUAUCACCCCGAAUCCCGACGAACCUGAAGUUGAGAAAGACAACAUCGGGGUCUUCCGUGACAAGGAGGAUUUUAUGGAGAAAGGGAUGGCCAACAUGGGAAAUCCAGAAGCUGAGUGGCAAUUGGAUUCUUCGGCGGAAGAAAGCGACGAUGAUGCGAAUGAAGGAUCCCAUAAUUCCUCCCCGUCCUCUGAUGAUGGCGGCAGCUCAACAAACUCUGGAAGCGAUGACGAAGACGACGAAGGAGAAGACGCCGUAUUUUUGGAUAUACAGAAAGAAGCAAGACGAUUAAUGGAUGAGGAUGCUGGCUCGGACGACGAAGCUAGCGGCGGGGCAAAAGGCCGUGUCAGUGGCCCCUUGAAAACGAAGAAUGAACUCCCAGAGGCCAAGUUAGCGUCCACCCGUCCCGAAAUCGACAUAACCGCAAGCACACCAGUUAUUCCACUAGGGGUAAUCGAUUCGGUGGUUGACGACUUGAUUCUUGUCAAAGCAAGCGUCUCCGGAGAAUACCAAGUGUUAAAUGAACGAUCGGUUUUAUGUUUCGAGGAUCGGUCUUUACUCGGAUGGGUACAAGAGACAUUCGGUCGAGUGGAACAGCCUUUCUAUACCGUGCGAUUAAGGGAUGCGGAGGAAGUGAAACAAUUAAAAGCUACUGUUGGCCGAAAAGUUAGCUACAUUCCCUCGCAUAGCACAUUUCUAUUUACGAAAACAAUCCGUGCUGUGAAAGGUAGCGAUGCGAGUAAUUUCUUCGAUGAAGAGGUGGGAGAUGAUGAGAGGGAGUUCUCGGACGAUGAAGCAGAAGCAGAGUUCAAGAAAAGACAAAAGGAAGAGAAGAAGGCACGAGGAGCUGCUCUCCGGUUCCAAGGGCAAGCUCCACCAUUAGCACAAACAGCCACUCAGAGCCAAGCAGCCGAUGUCAUUGAUGAGCCUUAUGUUCCUCUUUCCCGCCCGGCGAAUCUACACGAGAUGUCCGCCCCGCCGAGCCAAGCGAACCAAAGACUUCCGCCCCGAGAUUUCCAAUCCAACAGAGGCUCGAGAGGAUUUAGAGGACGUGGUCGGGGUGGCCGCCAAGCCCCUCAAGGCCGACAUGAUUUCAAGUCCGGGCCUCGCCAACAAAACCAAAGCUCCGACCAUCAUCAUCAUCAUCAUCAUCAUCAUAAUCAUCAUAAUCAAAAUCAAAAUCAAAAUCAAAGUCGAGAUCAGCCGCAGCAGCAUCAGCAGAAUUUACAGCAUACAUCCAAUCCUCCUUUAUCUCAAGUGCCGCUGCCUCUUGUUCCUCCGCCAGCCUUUCUUCCCUUUUUCGCACAAGGAUGCACAAUGCCGCCAACAGCAUUUCCCUCUGGACCCCACAUCCCCCCAGCAUUCUUCCCCAUCCCCCCAAACCCUCAGCUCCAACUACCUCAUCAGUUGGGCCAAAUACCCCCACUCCCCCUUAAUCCUACCCAAAUCCCGAUGCUCCAAACGCAGCCACCUCGUCCGCCAUCGGUCGAAGAUAUUCUCCACAUUCUACGCUCACAGGGUCAUAAUUUGUGA